AUGGAAAACUAUAACUUUGAUUGUCCUUCCAGAUACUGCCACACCAAGAAAGUCAUCCACAGAGACAUCAAGCCGGAAAACUUGCUGUUGAGUCUCCGAGGUGACCUCAAAAUUGCUGACUUUGGUUGGUCAGUUCAUGCGCCAUCUUCAAGACGCACUACACUCUGCGGCACCCUGGAUUACCUCCCACCAGAGAUGGUCGAAGGAAAGGCCCACGACGAGAAAGUGGACUUGUGGUCUUUGGGCGUUCUCUGUUACGAGUUCCUGUGUGGCAAACCUCCUUUUGAGGCAGAGACCAAUUCCGGGACUUACAAACGCAUCACCAGUGUGGAUCUGCGGUUCCCUUCCCAUGUCUCAGAUGGAGCUAAGGACCUCAUUGUUAAGCUACUCCGUCACAACCCUCGUUCUCGCUUGAACCUCGAGGGGGUGCUGGCGCAUCCCUGGAUCCAAGAGUGUACCAAAGACCUGCCUACUCCCUCAGGUCACUGAGUGGUGAUCACAGGGGGGGUCUUGCAAAUAUUGUGAUAUUGUCCUCGAACAAGUUUAUUUGAAUUUUGUACAAAGUUAGGUGCUUUGAUCAGGAUCUUUUGUAACAAAGAUAUUUUGUAUUCCCUUUUAAUCAGUAACAAGUAGAUUGACCUUGUUGCUGAAAACUAUAGGUCAUUCCAUUUAGUGUACUACAAAGGGUAUUUGUAAUAUUUGAUUAAUAUUUCUCCAUUGUAUUUAUUUAUGUGAUUAUACAUAGUGGGAUUAAAAAAUGACAUCACUUUUGUUUAUAUUGCAAACAUAAUGGUAAAGGAAUGUAUUAGAUUUUAUUACCAAGUGCAGAAACACCACUCCCUGGUAGCUUUUGUAAACAUAAGCACAAAUAGAUCAUAUUGACAAUAGUAUAACUUGGAGGGAGUGAUUAUUAAAGUUUUUUGUCAAAUGUAUCCAACUAGAUUUUUACAUCGCGGGGACUUUUGGGGUUUAUGGUCAGGUUUCCAGCAUCUCUUUUAUAGCAAUAUGGAUUUACCUGGGUGACCUCUGACUAUCCAAGCUUUAGACUGGCAGAAUGCUUGUGGGAUUUUGUAUUGUAUGCUUGUGCAAUCUCUUCUCUUUUUCUCAUCUUGUCCUCUAGCUCCUAGUAAUGUUUUAUUCAGUUUUCUUCUUGUUACUCUUUCAAGACCAUUCAACCUUGAUAAACGCUGUCCAUCAGAGCUAUUUUCACGUCAGUUUUGUUGGUAUCGAUAAACUUCUGUAAAUAAGAUUCUUUUCCCUUCUUUUUUCAUUUUUGCUGCAUUAAGAGAUAAUACCAUUUAUAGAACAGUGAAUAACAAAGCUUUCAGAAUUGAACACAGCUGCUUUGGCUGGAAGGGUGUGCAUGUAACUGAUUGAUAGUAAAGAAAAUCAUAGCAUUUUCUAUUUCAAGAGUUCUUCCAAUCAUUUUAUAGUUAAACUGUAAAAAUAUGAUAUGGUUUUUCCUCUGCUUCUUAUUCUCCAUGCAUUGCUAGACAUUCUGCUAACAUGUUCUAAACUUUCAACGUGUUAGCUUGUUUUCUAGCUUAUCUUUUAGCUAAUAUGUCAUAAAUUUUCCUCAGUGAAAUAUUUCUGUUCACAUUUUAUGCAGUUUUGUACUUCUGUUUUGUUAUUCCUCUAAGAAUGUUACUAUUUACUCUGUUUUUUUAUUUUUAUUUAUUUAUUUAUUAUUGUUUAUUUUUAUUUUUUUAUUUAUUUAUAUUUUUUUUAUAAUUUAUUUUAUUAUUAUUAUUAUUAUUAUUAUAAUUACAGUUUAGUUUAGUUUAGUUUACUUGGAUAUUGAGAUUGCCACAAUGUGUUUCAUUAGUAUAAGUAUUACUAGUAUGAAAGUUGUGUAUAUAGAUUACUAAAUAAGUUCACUUUAACAGGUUUUGUAAAGCAAGAAAGUUAAACUUGCCUACACGACUUGUGUUUACACUGCAUUUAUUCUGUACUGUAUCUGUACUUGGUUUUAAACAGCUUGGAUUUAAGGAUAAAAAUAUAUGGCACGGAAAAUAAAUGUUAACUGUUAUUA